GGAUUGCCUGGCGCAGAUUUAGCCCCGAAAGCUCCCAAGAAUCGCAAAGAGCCAAAAGAGCCGAUCUUCAGAUUCGUCUCCCCUCUCGUCUCGUCUCCUCUCGUUGUUCGUCGGGCGAGCUGCGGUACCAUACGUCGUCGUGCUUUGCUGUGCGGCCCGCUUCCGUCAAUCCAUCGUCGCUGCUGUCCGCGAGUCGGUGACACUUUCCACUUGGAAGAAGGAAAGAAAGAAAGAGAGAAGAAAGAGAGGAAGAGAGAAAUCCUUGAAUUGACAGAAUGGAAGGGCUGGCGCUGCGCAAUGUGUUGAGCCCCAUGGGAAGCCCCGUGCGAGCGUUUCUACCUCAAAAGGUUUUCACUCGAGGUGCGCCUGCGGCAUUUCCAGCCUUCAAAAGCAAAGCAUGCGUCCUUCAGCUUCGUCGCUCACCGGCCUUGAAGGUUCAGGCGAAGAAACAAACGUUUACCUCCUUCGAUGAUAUGAUCGCGAAUUCUGAUCUACCUGUCCUCGUAGACUUCUAUGCCACCUGGUGUGGACCAUGUCAAUUCAUGGCCCCCAUCUUGAGCGAAGUUGGCAAAGAAAUGCAGGAAAAAAUUCGCAUUGUCAAGGUAGACACAGAGAAGUACCCUGCCAUAGCCAGCCGUUAUGGAAUCCGCUCGCUCCCAACUUUCGUCAUUUUUGUGGAUGGACGACCUAUAAAUUGGAAGGAGGGAUAUCUGAACAAGGAGGACCUGAUCGCCCACGUUGAUAGCGUCCUCGUAGAAGAAGAAUCGAGGACUCAAAGUGCGAGAGUAGAUUAAACUGUAGUAUGAGAUUUAUGGAGUGUGAUUACUUCCAUCAUACGCAUUUCCGAGGCAUUAAUCCAAUGCAGCGAAAGCAGUACAGUAAGUAGCGAGUGCAGAUCAUUGUCAUAGCACGUAUUGUGCGAAAGUUGAGUGUAAUAUAUAUCAUAAGUAGAUGAGCACAUAAUUCUUGG